UUUACUUUUGAUUGUUUAGAGCCCAUAGUUUAGAUUGUUUGAUUUGUGAUAUCGUAGUCAAUUGAAUCUUCACUGCCUGAUACUCUCUGUCUCUCUCUUCUCUCGCUUUUUUAUUUGUUGUGAGUUAGGUGAUUCGUAAUUUGUGACUGUUCUAGAUUUUGAAUAAUAACUAUCGAAGGGAAAUAUUAUCACACCAAAUCUAGGAAAUUUUUGAUUAUUUUGAGGAAUUAAUGCAUUUGCAUUGAACUCCUGAUUGUAAUAUUGAUCACUUUAUUUGUGAUCUGAUUUCUGUUGAAUACUGCAUGAUGAAGUUGUUCAUCAGUUUUCAUUGAAUUCCUGUUUUUCUUUUAUUUUCCCUCAUUUUUUAUUAUAUUUUCCCUCAAAUUUUAUUCUAAUUUAUAUGCAUUAAACGGCAUUUUGAAAAUGGCACGGUCUUUUCGGUGCUUCCAUGGCACCCAUGAGCCUCGAAGAUGCAAUUAUUUUCCAUCUCUCUCUGUACUCCUAGUUUUCUCAGUUUAUUCGCCGUCUACCUGUUUUCUCCAUUAAUUUCUUUCCUAUUUCAAUGGUGAUUAAAAAAUGAUGCAAGGCUUUCCUAACCUUCAUUUGUUUUGGUUUAUUCAAAGUAAUUUUGUUUGUAGGGAAAAUACUCAUUGAUCACAAUUUAUGGCGCCAUAGGCAAAACCACACUACUACUUCAAUUAUGAGGCGAAGAGGUUCUUCCCUUUCAUCAAAGGAGAAGAAAGUCCACUUUAAUGAAGAUCAUCGAAAGACAUCUUCAUUCUACGCUUCUUCAAGGAAGGUCUUCCUUUUCUGCCUGGGCUUUAGGGCAUUGAAUUCUUUGCUCGUGCAGACCUACUUCAAUCCCGAUGAACACUGGCAAGCUCUUGAAGUAGCUCAUCGGAUUGUGUUUGGAUACGGGCACCUGACGUGGGAAUGGAAGGAGGGGAUUCGAAGUUAUCUUCAUCCUCUGAUGUUUGCUGUCCUUUAUAAGCUCCUUGCAUUCUUGAAACUAGACAGCCCAUGGUUUAUGAUGAAGGCUCCAAGACUUUUCCAAUCGAUAUUUUCUUCAAUUGGUGAUCUUUACUUAUACAGAUUUUCACGUCGCUUAUUUGGUGAAAGGAUUGCACAGUGGGCUCUGUUUUGUCAGUUGUCAAACUGGUUUAUGUUUUUCUGUAUCACGAGGACUUUAUCCAACAGCGUCGAGACAGUGUUAACUAUAAUGGGUCUAUUCUACUGGCCAUCUUUCAAUAGUCAUAGCCAGCAAGAUGCAAUGGCUUCAAGAAAGCUUGCUUUAAUUAUAGCAGCAGUAGCUUGUGCCAUCCGGCCUACAAGUGGUAUUCUAUGGUUAUAUCUUGGUCUUGUGCAUCUGUUUGAGACCCAUGACAAAGUGAAAUUCCUGUUUCUUGAAGUCUUUCCAAUAGGGGGUUUUGUGCUCAUGAUCACAUAUCUACUGGACUGGUAUAUGUAUGGGGCGAGGACCUUUGUUCCACUCAAUUUUCUAAAGUUUAAUUUUCUUUCCUCUGGUGGGGAUUAUUACGGCACACACAAGUGGCACUGGUACUUCACACAGGGUUUCCUGGCAAUGUUGUUCACUUUCUUACCUUUCUCAGCCAUUGGAAUUUGGAAGUCGAAGGAAUGGAAGCUUUCUGGCCUUAUUGCAUGGGUUUUGGGACUCUAUAGUUUCCUUGGUCAUAAAGAAUUCAGGUUUGUGUUGCCAGUGCUACCAUUGGCUUUGAUCUUCUCUGGAUAUACAUUAGCUGUGAUGGAAAUUCCUUCCGAUGCAAAAUUAAAAAGAUCUCAAGACAAAUCCCAAAAAUCCUUCUGCCUUCGGGGUCCUUUGAUACAGAAGGUGGUUGUCUUCAUCUUGCUUCUAACAAAUGUACCAAUGGCCUUGUACAUGAGCUUGGUUCAUCAGAGAGGAAGCGAAGAUGUGAUGGCCUUCUUAGCCAAGGAGGCAGUGGAGGGUAAGGUUGCCAGCACUAUUUUCUUGAUGCCAUGCCAUUCUACACCUUAUUACUCCACACUCCACCAUAAUUUGCCCAUGCACUUUUUGGACUGUUCCCCUAGCAAUGAGAAAGGGUAUGUUGAUGAGUCAGAGCAAUUUGCAUCGGACCCAGCUGGCUUCGCAUCAAACCUGCUUCGAAAUUUAUCUUCUCCAAGUCAUGUGGUGCUCUUCGAUUCUCAUGAGAUGCAUUUGGCUCCAAUUCUAUCGUUACAUUCCUACAGGCUGAUCAAGAGGCUCUUUCAUGCACAUUUUAAAGUUGACCGAGAGCUCCAAGCAUCUGUCCUGAUUUAUGCAAGGGAAGUCCAGUGAUUGAGGGCAGCCCAGAUGGAUAAUUUCAAGUUUAGGGCCAGUUCAAAUGGGCCAUUUGACAAAUUCCCAUGUCUCCUCCUGCUCACUUGAGAUAGGGAAAAAAAAGGAUUUCUUCAUUAAGUGGGGCAGAGAUGGUGGCCCUUUUCGAGUAAGCAGAGCAGAGAAUCAGGACUUCUGAUUGCUGGUGUGAACCAAAAUUUCCCUUUUCACUGUACCACAUAAGUGGGUAAGAGGGAAUGAAAAAUUUCAAGUGGCCCGUCCAAAUAGCCUGAAGUAGUGCUCAAGUUUAAAUAUACCUCAGCAGCUACCGUUAUCUAUUGGAUAACAUAUUUUCCAUCGAAAUAUUUAAUGAUAUUUGUACUCCUGUUACGAACCCUCUGAUUAAUGUAUUGCCCCAAAUCAUUUGGGAACGGUUUGAUAUUCUUGGGACCUCCUUGGUUUGUUCAUAUGAGGUUUUGAGACAUUUUAAUGAUUCUAGCAUUUUUGUUCUC